CUACUGGUUAUACAGUGGCAUGGAGAAUGUAUAAGGAGACCGAACUGCUCGUAAUCAGAAUGGGCCGACGUUUGAGCCAGCCAGUCGUUCUGAAAAGAGAUUACUGGGAGCACUGUCAUCAACUAACUCCAUUCGCAUUCGUACAUGACACAUGGUUGUCAUAUGCAUGAAGCUUUCAUGGUUAUAUAAUAUACGUCCGAUCUGUAAAUAAGAUGAGGAGAUGGAUUGUGUAUGGCUGAUGGCAGACAACUAUCCUUUCAGAAAUUGAGCCCCAGAUAACAACAGUUAUACGCUGUAUCUACGAGAUCAAGAUCGGUAAACUCAUGGGCGAAUCCUUACCCAGAAUAGCAACAAGGAGUGAGAGAAGCUGCAAAGUCGAUUUUAAAAAUACUGACUACGAAAUUCAAUAAUGACUUCCGAUUUCCGUUAUACAAAAGACGUUCUUCAUCGUCUUUCGCCGGAACAAAGACUAUUCUACGAAAAAAAUGGAUAUUUAGUAUUUCCUCGUCUCAUAUCGCAAGAUAUAAUAAAUAUAUGUCACCAAAGAUUUGACGAAAUCGUGGAAGGGAAGACGUCGCGGGAUGGAAUAAUAGUGAUGUACGAUGUGAAGGACAGAAAAUCAGUAAAUAAAAUACAGGAAAUACACACGGACCCGGUGUUCCGUCGUUACAUGGAGCACGAGAAGAUACUCGAUAUAGUCGAGUGUUUCACGGGACCGAACAUUUUGGCGAUUCAUAGUAUGCUCAUCGCGAAGCCGCCCGACGUUGGAUUUGGAACCUCGAGACACCCGCCGCAUCAAGAUCUAUACUACUUCCCGUUGCGACCAGCCGAUCAUAUAGUAGCUGCGUGGACAGCCAUGGAACCCUGCGAUAGCGAAAACGGAUGCCUCUACGUAGCACCUGGAACACACGCUUUGGGGACCAUGUUCCCGCAUGAUUAUCCUCCGAAGUCUGAGGGAGAAGUGAACAAGUUUUAUCAUGGCAUACACCAAUUGCCUGCGUUACUGAACCACUGGGUGAAUCUGGAGAUGCAACCUGGCGACACGGUGUUCUUCCAUCCAUUGCUCAUUCACGGGUCUGGCGUUAACAAAUCCCAGAGAACAAGACGGGCAAUUUCCUGUCAUUACGCAGCUACUGAUUGCAAUAUUGUCGAUGACGAUCCGCGUCAGGACACCAUCAGGGGUGAGAUUUUGGAAUUAUUGAAGAAAAGAUAUCCCAACAUGGAAAUAACAUACGCAGACCUCUGGCGCUUUAAAUCCUCGCUCGUACGUGGCCUUCGAUCUUCUUUUUAAAAAUACUUAAAGAUCAAACUAUUGAUUAUAUCUAUGUCAAGAUGGCUAUAUUAUUUCACGAUAAAAAUAAUUAGAUAACGCUAGCAUAAGACCGAUGCAAAUAAUGGUGUAGGAUUGAAUAAAUAAGGGUAGUAUUUGGGA